CCAGGCUGUGCGCCGGCGCAGGCAGUCGCACGCCGGGCGCAGCGCGCUCAAGGCGCCUCUGCGUAUCGACACGGUCGAAGCUCAUUGUUCCAUGUGAUCUCUAAAGGACGAGUGCGAUAUUCAUUACAUGUUCAUUUUAAACCAGUGUCCCAAACAUACAAACAGUGAAGUGAUGUGACUAGUUCGGUGUCGGUGCUUGUGAGGGCAAGUGGGCAUAUGGGGCAAUGCGUGUCCCGGAGUCAUCCGGGCCCUUUCUCGUUCUCGCGGCACUAUGACGCCGAGAGUCUCGCAAGCAGCAUCAGCGGGUACCGGCAAGCUUGGAAGGGUCACUCAGAGUCCAAGGGUGCGAAGAAGCGCGAUAAGAGCGUAGGCAACGGCAACGGGAAGCUGAGCCGUGGGGUAGCCACGUCGUUCGGGUUUCGGAGGCGGCCUGCCAGCACAUCUCGCGCCGACGACAACGCUAGGCGCAAGAAGGCGCAGGACAAGAAUGGAAAUGGAGGUUCCACGGAGGACCUGCGGGCUGAGGAAGUGUUGUCCGGGCGCUCGACACCCCUCGCGCGGCCCCGCAAGGAGACCGCCGGCCAGCCACUACGGAGCAACAGGUUCGGUUUGCGGCAGCAGCCGUGCAAGACGGCGCGCGUCGGCGACGUCGGUCCUACCGCCGAGCCGGCCUUCGUGACGCACAAGGAAUCCAUCAACAACAAUGCACUUGAUAAGAAAAGUACAAAUUACCCACCCCUAUCGCAAGUGACUACGAGCGGGGUGACCACCAUAGUGGGAGCCGGUGGCCAGCCCAAGAUGGUCACCAAGCAAACCGUUAUCCUCACCUAUCAGACGCAGCAGUAUCCUGUGCAGGAAGGUCGUCCCAAACAGACGCGGUUCGAAUGUCCAAGAGCGCCUUCCGCCACGCGCUCCCAGACUCCCUGCGACAAGCUGGCGGGGAAGUACACCCUGCAAACCAACCAGCUGCCGCGCCCGCAGUAUCCUGCUGUCAAGCACAUCGACAAUACCAAGAAUGCUAAACAAGUCGUGAAUAAUAAUAGAAAAGCCGCUGCUUCCGUGGAAGGAUGGAGGGAAGUGAAAUACCAUCCUAAUGGAAAGAAAUGGUAUUCAGGUGCUAGCUCGGCCGUGUCGUCGGACUCGGGCGUGUACACGGGCGAGGCGGAGGGGUCGCCGCGCACCCGGCGCCGCCCGCGCAACCUGGAGAUGGUGAUGCGAGGCGCGCACAGCUUCCACCUGCGCGAGCUGCAGGAUGACCUCGACAUCAUGGGUCACUCGGCCGUGUCGUCGGACUCGGGCGUGUACAUGGGCAAGGCGGAGGGGUCGCCGCGCACCCGGCGCCGCCCGCGCAACCUGGAGAUGGUGAUGCGAGGCGCGCACAGCUUCCACCUGCGCGAGCUGCAGGACGACCUCGACAUCAUGGGUCACUCGGCCGUGUCGUCGGACUCGGGCGUGUACAUGGGCGAGGCCGAGGGGUCGCCGCGCACCCGGCGCCGCCCGCGCAACCUGGAGAUGGUGAUGCGAGGCGCGCACAGCUUCCACCUGCGCGAGCUGCAGGACGACCUCGACAUCAUGGGUCACUCGGCCGUGUCGUCGGACUCGGGCGUGUACACGGGCGAGGCGGAGGGGUCGCCGCGCACCCGGCGCCGCCCGCGCAACCUGGAGAUGGUGAUGCGAGGCGCGCACAGCUUCCACCUGCGCGAGCUGCAGGACGACCUCAACAUCAUGGGUCACUCGGCCGUGUCGUCGGACUCGGGUGUGUACACGGGCGAGGCGGAGGGGUCGCCGCGCACCCGGCGCCGCCCGCGCAACCUGGAGAUGGUGAUGCGAGGCGCGCACAGCUUCCACCUGCGCGAGCUGCAGGACGACCUCGACAUCAUGGAUGACGCAGUAAUAACCGGCCACACUGUGAUCCCCCUUCCCAAACUUCCCAGCACGUUCGAUGAAGAUCUCUCCCCCAUCUACCAAGCCCCGUCCCCUCCCCCCUACACCGUGCCCUCCCCCGUGGUGCCCAAGCCAUCGCCCGUAGCAGACAGCUCGCGCCAGUCCCCCAUGUCGACCCUGGAACGGUAUCGGACCAGGACUAGGCCAAGCCGGAUACAAACCGUGGAUUAUAAGAAUGAAGAGAAGUUUGUGUUGGAUAAAGCUCAGCCUGAAAGAUUGAACAAGCAGAACUCAUUCAUCAAAUCGUCAAGCGGCGUGGUGUCCCCGACGACUGUAUCGAGCAAGGAAUCGAGCCCGUCAUGCAAGAGUGAGGAGAGUCACUUCGGCAACAGCAGCGCUUGGCAGAGCCAUGCCGCCGGUGAAGCUAUGGCUACCAGAUCUCAGGACGACGUGUCCAUCGCGCUGAGCGUGUCGAGCUGCGAAGAUGACAAGUCCAAGCUCGGCGAUCUCCCGAAAGUCGACGAUCCACCAAAGAAGACCAUCGUGAUCGACGACCCGCCCGUGCCGCAUCCACUGCUCAUGAAGUCGCUGACACUGAGCCAGCACGACUCGCUGCGCGGGACCAUGAUGGGUUCAAUGACAAGCUCCAAUUACAGCACAACAAGCACUUGCACAAACCAAAGCGCUGACCACCACCUAACGCUCACUUUAGAAGACUCCAAAUUCGACAUAUCAGCUCUAGAGAUUUCCACCCAGAGCCUAUUGGACGACGAGACCUCUCCAGCGGACAGCCUCAUCUCUUCCACCAGUACUAGCGACUCGGUGAACGAGCUGGUGGUUGAGAGAGACCCGCCGUCGAUCUCGUCGGCGUAUCAGACCGCUAAUACUAAGACCAAGUCGCCGGAACCUGCUGAUGAGGAUGGUGUGGAUGGGGAACUGUUGCAGACUGCCAAUGAAGUUGUCGAAGAGACGCGGAACGGCGAGGACAGCAAGAACGUGUCGCCAGAGUCACCGGGCACGCCCACGCACGCCUCAGGGUCCCUGUCGCUCUCGGACGGCCGGGAUUUCUUCGACGACGAGAUCGCCGACCAGCCAGCCCUGCUGUUCAGGAGUGAGUAUCUAGAGACGCGGAACGGCGAGGACAGCAAGAAAGUGUCGCCAGAGUCACCGGGCACGCCCACGCACGCCUCAGGGUCCCUGUCGCUCUCGGACGGCCGGGAUUUCUUCGACGACGAGAUCGCCGACCAGCCAGCCCUGCUGUUCAGGAGUGAGUAUCUAGAGACGCGGAACGGCGAGGACAGCAAGAAAGUGUCGCCAGAGUCACCGGGCACGCCCACGCACGCCUCAGGCCAGCCCCUGCUGUUCAGGAGUGAGUAUCUAGAGACGCGGAACGGCGAGGACAGCAAGAAAGUGUCGCCAGAGUCACCGGGCACGCCCACGCACGCCUCAGGGUCCCUGUCGCUCUCGGACGGCCGGGAUUUCUUCGACGACGAGAUCGCCGACCAGCCAGCCCUGCUGUUCAGGAAAAACAACGAGGGGAGCCCACCAAGCAAGCAGGAAUCUGAGAACAGCAAACAGCUGAGGAGGUCCAGGGAACGCAUCCCCGCUAGUCCGUUAGCCCAAAGAAAUCGUAAAGUAAACGGGCUGCGGAAUGGCGGCGCAGAACGGACACCUUCUCUGGACACGUUAUCCAGCCUGGCCUCCGAUGACCUGAUGAUGGACAAUGACCUCGCGCGAUCCGUCACCAGCCUGCAGAGCGUCGACGAUUACAUCGAAAGGCUAGACAGCUCUCUACGCAGCGGGCUCAACUCGCUGGAUGAGCGUCAGCUCCGCCAGGAGCUCUCCUCGUCCAAGACCGCCGUGCGCCAGUGGAGUCAGCUGCUCGAGCAGAACAACUUCCUGGACCGACAGCUGGCCGCCAUGGCGCAGGGCAAGAGCACCACGGAGUCGCUCACGGCCAGCAACACCAGCCUGUCUAACAUCGGGGCCAGCCUGCCUGUGCGCACGGCGCGUCUUCUGCAGCGCUCGCGCGCGCAGACGCCGUCCGACGCCGCCAGCGAAGGCACCGCGUCGCCCGCGCCUGCGCCCGCGCCGGCGUCUCUGCUCCAGGAUGUCGUGGACAUCAAGACGCUGCUGCUACAGCUUAAGCGAGUCUUGCAGGAGGCACGUAUAGCAUGAUUGGUCCUUGUAUAG